GAUUAAAAAAAAAGCUACGCUAAACAAUCUAAGUUCAUAGUUUAGUUAAUUAAAUCAAACUAUUAAGCAAUGGAUAACUUUUCGAAGCCUAUGCAAUAUUCUGCUGAACAACAGCAAAUGUGCAACGCUUUUAGAAAUGUCUAUGCAACAUUGCCGAAUGCGAAUGGCGCUUACUUUGGAUACGGGCCGCAAGCUCGGCCACAAUUCCAAGCAUUCAGUGAGGAAUAUGACGAUGAUGAGGAUGAUGAGCAAAUGCGCACCUUGUUCUGCAAUAAUUUGGACGAGCGCGUUACAGAAGAGAUUCUGUAUGAAGUAUUUCUACAAGCUGGCCCCAUUGAAAGCGCACGUAUUCCUUUGGAUAAUACGGGACGACAACGGAAUUUUGGUUUUGUUACAUAUCAGCACAGAAGUGCAGUGCCGUAUGCAGUAAAGCUAUACCAAGGAUUGGAGCUGUUCCAAAAGAAGGUCUCAAUUAGGCAGCAUCGCCCACGACAAGGGUCCUCCGGCAAUGCCACAAAUGAUCAUGUCGGUCCGAGUCGGCAUGAUAACAAAAACAAAUUUAAUAGAGAUGAUAUAAGGCGACAAUCCGAUGAGAGCAAUCGACGUAGAAUGCAUCAACAACAUUCGCAGCAGUGGAGGUAAUCGAAGAUCUGAUCGACGCUAUAGUCAUGGCAAGAAAAGAUUGCUUUGAGGAUUAGGAUAGUUAUCAAAGAAUGUAUACAAAUAAAAUAACAUUUA